AUGGCUGCGCUAUCGAGAAAGCCCGAAGUAUUUUUAUCAAAUCAAAGGAGUCAAUCACUUGAAGUCAGUUCCGUCAUUACCGCUCCUCGAUUACAACGCGCUCUGAAAAUCCCUGGAAAUAAUGUCUAUAAGGACUCUUUAGUGAUCAACUAUUACUCUUUUGCUGAUUUUAACAAGCCUUCUGCACAACCGUACUUCGUUGUCAACCACCAAAAUAACGAGGAUUUCUUCAAUAAAACGCAAUUUUCUCGUCAGCAACAUCUUAGUGGUCGUAUGGAAACGAAGCUCCAAAGCAUUUCCACAGCCCACCUUGAGGUAGAAACAGGUAGUGGUUAA